GCUCCCUGCCUGUCUCCUCUGGUAGGUUCCACAAUGGUACAGCCAGCAUCACGCUGCACAAUGGUUUCCAGGCAGUGAAAGAGCGUGAUUCAGCAAGCCACUCUUUUUUUCCUCUCUUUUAUUUCAUUAUUAUCAGAUAUUUUGCCUCCCCUUUUUCUGUUCUGCUCUAUCAUCUCCCCCAGGCUUCUAGUUAAUUCUUUAACGGAAAACGGUGAUUUACCUCGAAUCCAACUGCCCAUCUUUUUUAUUUUUUAUUAUUUUUAUAAAUAGCCCAUCUUAUCUCGGCAUUGUUUGGAAUGUGAUUUUAAAAAUACCACCUAAAGUCGCAGUUUGGGGGAAAGGUUUCUGGACGAGGAGAAUAGCUCGCAAGCACGGAAUGGGCUAGUAUUAGAAACCUGUACCAGCAGCAGGCCAGACUCAAAUAUCAGCUAUGGCAAUCCAUGCAUGAAGUUGAUGUGUUUGAACUAUUUCCUAUAGAUGAGACAUAGCACAUGCUGUGCUGUCUUCCACUGGGACAGAGGUGAAAAUUCACCAAGCUGUAUUUGUUGAGCAGUGGUUGCCAGAUUUGUAGCUGUCCCUAGGAAGACCUCACAACAAUUACAACUGUGUCAUCCGGACAAGAUGUAAAACUUCACUGUCAGACUAUUCAAUCCCUGGUAUUUAUGAGCCGCCAUUUAUUUUAUUAUUGUGGUGAACCUACUCUGGAUGUGAAGAUUGCCUUUUGUCAGGGAUUUGGGAAACAAGUGGAUGUGUCGUACAUUGCCAAACAUUACAACAUGAGCAAAAGCAAAGUUGACAACCAGUUCUACAGUGUGGAAGUAGGUGAUUCAACCUUCACAGUUCUCAAACGCUACCAGAACUUGAAACCUAUUGGCUCUGGGGCUCAGGGAAUAGUUUGUGCUGCAUAUGAUGCCGUCCUUGACAGAAAUGUGGCCAUUAAGAAGCUCAGCAGACCAUUUCAGAACCAAACUCAUGCCAAGCGAGCUUACAGGGAGUUGGUCCUCAUGAAGUGUGUGAAUCAUAAAAAUAUUAUCAGUUUAUUAAAUGUCUUCACACCGCAGAAAUCUCUGGAGGAGUUCCAGGAUGUUUACCUGGUAAUGGAGUUAAUGGAUGCCAAUCUGUGCCAGGUCAUUCAGAUGGAGCUAGACCAUGAGCGAAUGUCUUAUCUACUGUACCAAAUGCUCUGUGGUAUCAAGCAUCUUCACUCUGCAGGAAUUAUUCACAGGGAUUUAAAACCAAGUAAUAUUGUGGUAAAAUCUGACUGCACGUUGAAGAUUUUGGAUUUUGGACUGGCCAGGACUGCAGGCACUAGCUUCAUGAUGACUCCAUAUGUGGUGACACGUUACUACAGAGCACCAGAGGUCAUCUUGGGAAUGGGCUACAAGGAGAACGUGGAUAUAUGGUCUGUGGGAUGCAUUAUGGGAGAAAUGGUUCGCCACAAAAUCCUCUUUCCAGGAAGGGACUAUAUUGAUCAGUGGAAUAAAGUUAUUGAGCAGCUGGGAACACCCUGUCCAGAAUUCAUGAAGAAGCUGCAGCCGACAGUACGGAACUACGUUGAGAACAGACCCAAGUAUGCUGGCCUCACAUUCCCCAAACUUUUUCCAGACUCUCUCUUCCCAGCUGACUCGGAACACAACAAACUCAAAGCCAGCCAAGCCAGGGACCUUUUAUCAAAGAUGCUAGUCAUUGAUCCGGCCAAGCGAAUAUCAGUAGAUGAAGCCUUACAGCAUCCAUACAUUAAUGUCUGGUAUGACCCAGCAGAAGUGGAGGCGCCUCCUCCUCAGAUAUAUGAUAAACAGCUGGAUGAAAGGGAACAUACAAUCGAGGAAUGGAAAGAACUCAUCUACAAAGAAGUAAUGAAUUCUGAAGAAAAGACAAAAAAUGGCGUAGUAAAAGGACAGCCUUCUCCUUCAGGUGCAGCAGUGAACAGCAGUGAAAGCCUCCCUCCAUCCUCAUCUGUCAAUGACAUCUCAUCCAUGUCCACGGAUCAAACUCUGGCGUCUGACACAGACAGCAGCCUGGAAGCUUCUGCGGGACCCCUCGGUUGUUGCAGGUGACUAGCCGCCUGCCUGCGAAACCCAGCGUUCUUCAGAGGAUGAUGUAAUUUAAGAGGAAAAAUUAACAGGAGUUAAGAGAUGAAGAGAAAUAAAGUACAAAGAUUUAAACAAAACAAACAAAAAAAAUCGUUUCAGCCUGCUUCUCCUACAGAGUUAUGUAGUGCAGCUAAGCUCAAGUGUAUAUUUAACUUAUAGUUGCUCUGCUUUGGUCUUCUUCCAAUGAUGCUUACUCUGGGGGAAAAAAAAAGGAACUGAAAAAUCCUUUUGUUUACCCCCUCCCCAUAAGAUGUAAAAUUAAUGGCUGCAAAACCAGCAACCUGCAACUGUCCUUUUCACACUGGCAUGACAAGGUGUGCAGUAGCCACUCUCAAACAUUGGAGUGUGCAUCUGCCUUCACUCUCUCUGUUUUGGCAUCUUCUGCCCAGUGAGGCAGAUAGGGAUAUAAUCGCAUUUUUGUUCAUAUACGAAUAGCACAUACACACACGUGCCAGUACAAUUCUGGCAGAGUAUGCAGCUGUGUACCUACUGGAACAUGCACAUCUGCAUUCAUACUUAGUGUGCACUCAACUUAAUGGCCCAUUUCAGGUGAACUGCAUCACUAAUGUGAUAUUACCAGUAUAUAUUCUGUUUGUUUGCUCAUUGAUGAGGCUGCAUAUCUUGUAUGAGGAUUUGUGGAAGUGUAAAUAACCACAUUGAAUUGUGGCUCCCUCAGAUACUUGAAGAUGUAGCACCAAAAUUUCUGCUGAGAGUUGUAUAUAUAUUUUGAAAUAAUAACCAGUUUGUAUUGAAAGAAGAAGCUACAGAGCUUCAUAGAAAAAUGUUUGUUUGUGAAUGUUAAGACUUAUUGUUCUGAUUUUUAGAGCAGAUACGCCAAGCUAAGACCAGGUUAGAAGGAAGCACAUGUAUCUUUGCAAGCUACAGGGAACAAGAAAGAAGGGGUUUUAUGCAUGUCUAAGCCCAGAAAGAUUUAUGUCAGUAAGCAAUUUUUCCUGACAAGGUCAAGUGAGUUACCAUCUUAGUUCAUAGACAGGCUCGCUAUUCUGAAUUACAUGUAUGCUUGUAUUAAUAUGUUAGGGGGUAUGAUAGGGUUGGGGAAUGGGCAGAUUAUGAUCAAAAGGACAUGCAACAACUUGUUUUUAUUUUAUGUCUAGGUUUUUACUAAGUUACAUAGAGAAAGGAUAUUUGCAGCCCUGCUCCCUCUCAGUCUGUGUUUGUGGCUUAGAGGUUGUUUUCCCUUUAAAUUGUUUCCUUGCAGGGAUCUCUGCUACCAAGAGAACAGGCCUUCUCUAGGUGCUUUGGUUGUUCAUUUGCUUGUGACAUAUCAUCUGACUCCCCAGGAAGUUUUAAUCAGCUGUGUUAACAUGGAAAAGAACCACAGAAUGCAUUGGUCUAGUAUUCCUAUAUCCAAAGUAACAGCAGAAGAUAUAAAUCAGCUAGUGCGCUGGGCUGAAAGCGUUGCAAUCAGGGGUCUUGGGCAGGUUUGACAAGUUCCAAAGAACCAAGAGUGACUGAAUAUCAAUUUGAUUUUAUGUAGGAUUCCCAGUGGUAAGUAACAGCAAGUGUUUUUACCAGAGAAUGGCAAAACUCCACACAGAAUUUCAGAACAACUGAAUAUUUUUCCAUCCAAAACAGCAACUAGCAUUUUCCACUGCAGCGUCAUCAUUACCUGAGUUGGAAAUUAACUACAGUCUGAGUUAUCUCUCCUCUUACCAAAGCGUGCCAUGUAAACUGAAAUGAGCUAAAUCAUUCUCUAAUGCUUUUUCCAAAUGUCAGAGAUAAACUGUUUAGAAUAUAUUACUGGAUAUUUUAAAUUCCCUAAUUCUUAUUAUUCAAAAUUCUACCCAAAUAGGACUGUUCUGUUGGGUGGCUUGCAAGCCUGCCAUUCUGUGGUAGGAAAAAAAUCGAGUAACAAGUCAGAUUUUGGUCAAAAGGAGGAAAGUAAAGAAAAAAAAGUUCUCUCCAGAGUGGGGAGGAGGGGAGGUAAAAUUAAGUGGAUAUAAAAUAAUUUCAGACUUGGUAGGUCUGAACUGUCUCAAAAUUGCUGUAGGAAAUGUUUCUUUUCCCCAGGUAUAUUUUUGGUAGAUAUUUAUGGAAAGUUUUUUGAUAAUUAAAUUAGGUUGAUAAUGUUCUAAAAAGUCAGAGCAGUGAUUGUAAAAGCAAUAAUUUACUACUGCUAAAAAUAUUUAGCAAUAUUCUCUCUUAAGCCAUGAAAUAUAAAGUAAUUGUGAUGUAACUCUCUCUUCAAAGCCGAUGAUCAUGAAAGUAUUGAAAGGUAAACACCAGUGCUCUGUAGGUAUGAAGGCAAUAACACCAAGGGUGACUUCUUAGCAAUAAUAAAAUGUAUCACCUCCAGAUUUAACUAAUCAUAGAUAUAUAUUAAUAAUAUUCAGGUAAUUAGUAUCUGCUUUACAUUCCUUUGUGUGCAGCACCUGGGUGUGUUAUUUAAACAAAACAAAACGAAAGUGUCUCAGAGAGGCAAAGCUGUAUGUAAGAGAAACUGCAAAAAUACCAUAAAUAUAGAUCAUAGAAACUUGGAAUAAUCACAGCUCAUGACAGUGAUAUUAGGGAGAUGCAGCAUAGGCAGUAGCAGAGAAGCCAUUUAUAGUAGAUGGAUGCUUACAAAUCUCCCAUGUUUCAUGUAUUGAAGUCAAAAAACAUGCUUAGUUCCAUGGUAUAAUUCAGUCUUGUUUGGGUUCAUAAGUGCUGUGUAGCGAACCAGUCACCACAGAAGAUGUCAUAGUAAUCAGUGCUAGAUGAACCCACAACACAGAAGUUAUAUAGCUUUAUUCCCAGAAGCCCUGAUUCCGCUAAGCACCAGUGCUUGUACAAACAUUUAAUGGAGACUAUAGGGAUGCAUUCAUAAUAUUAACUAGCAUGUGCUUUUGUCCUUUGCUCAGCAGCGAUUGACAUCAGCAUGUGCUUAAGUGCCUUGCUGAAAUGGGGCCUAAAAGAAUUACUGCAUCUCUUUUUGUCCUCAAAUUAGUUAGUCUCCUUUAUGAGAGGCUCUGUCUGGGGGAGGAGACUGGGGGCUGUCCACAUUGGACACUAGAAAAAAAGCCAUCAAUGAAGAAAAGCAAUAGUUCUUUACAAUUCUGGUCCUUGUAUGUCCAAACUGAAGUAGUGACCAUCGAACAGGAAUAGUAUUCUUUGUCUUUGUGUCAGGAAGCUGGUGCUGUCAGCUGAUACCUUAUAAGAAUGCAUGUACUCUUGAAUAAAAGAUUCAAGUGAGGAUGUUCUGUAGCUGUGUUAAGAUAAACAAAAUUUUUUCUGAUUCCAGAAGUUUUGAUACCCUUCUCUUAAAGUCUAUUCCCCUUUUUUUCCAGUAUUCUGUUCAGUUUGGUAAUGAUAGAUGCUUUUCUUAUUUUUCUUGCCAGUGACCUUUCAAAUCUACCUCUGUUUAAUGUGCUUCUAAAUAGUACUUGAGUAACAAUUUUCACCUCAUUCUCUGACGUUUGCAGUUAUAAGCAUAAUUGCCACCAGUACAGAGAUGUAGGAAAUUGGGAAGUCAGAGAUCUAUGACAGAUGUUCCAAGGUAUUUAGGCACUAAAGAUGCAAUUAGAAGGGCCGUGCCAGAAGUAACAUAUCCUCCAUCAGCAUGAAUGGCAGCUGAACACCUUGGUAUUUUUGAAAAUAUGCUUAAAAGCCUAUUGGUAUCUUAUGUGCCUGAAUACCUGCAGAAAUUCUGUUCCAAGUGGCUUACUUAAGUCAUGUAGAUAGCCAUCAGCAGGUGAGGAAAAUGGCAGAAGCAUCUUAACUGUCAGUUGCUGCUCAGAGCACUAGGUGCAAAAAAUAGCAUUGAGAAGGUAGAGAGGAAAGCUGCUGCAAAAGAUUUCUGCUUUAUUUUCAGAUGGAGUACUUCUGAAUAGUAUGAGAAACUAAAAUAGAAAAAAAAAAAAAAGUCAGAAUUGCUCUUAAAAGACCCUCCGUUUUUCUUCUCAGUGGUGAGUUUAAAAAUGAGGAUGAAGUAUUGAUUUACUUCAAGUUGAUCCAAGGUUAUGCACGCUUUGAAUCAAAAAUUUUCCAUAAUUUUUGAAAUCAAUCUUUGGAUACUGACUUGAUAGCUGGAAUAAUAUCCUGCGAGUUUUGAUGGUAUUUCAUUAAAAUGUAAUAAUCUUUGGAGAGUUCAGAUAUUUGAGUUGGUCACACACUGAUUUAUGCGAAUCAGACUGUGGUUGAUAAUCCACCCAUACUAUCUGGAAUUCCAUGGCGCAGAUACAUUCAGGAAUCUUAGCAAGCUUGCAUUAUACAUAGUGGAGUUUAAAUUGGAGUGCAAGUAUGAUAACAUAAAAAAAAAAAAAAAAAAAAAAAGCUACCAAAACCCUGAUCAGUUACUUCCCUAAUGCACUGAUGAUUUUCCUCUGGAAAUCACCAGUUUCUGCAUGAUAUUGGCCUCCAGAGAUUACACAAGACAGAUGAUCAUGUCACUGUUUCACUCUUCUAAACUUAUAACCAAGAAUAAAUUCAUAUAUAUGGUUUUCUCUUCAUAUAACUUGCUUUAGCUUCAAGCUUUGGGCUAACGAUAUUGAAGAAAUUACACUUGUUGCAGUGCCUUUAGGAAGUUUUCUGAAGUAGUGCUACUUAACUGAUUUGGAUUGUAUUCUAAUGUUUGUCAGUGAGCACCAGUGAUUUCUUUUCCACCAACAUAUUUUCUCAUGAAAAAUACGCUAACAGUCAAUUUUAGAACUGCCCGAGAGAGUCAGUUUCAGCAUUUCUCCCAAAUACUAAAAAAAAACCCAAACCAAGGAAAAUGCAUUUUAGGUAUCCUGAAAUCAUUGUAAAACGUAAUUGGAAUAUUUUAAUUUAAGAUCACUUUUAAUAGCCAAUGUUAGCUUAUUUAUAUCACAAACUUUGAAGUAUUUCAAAGUACCAAAAAUAUUUUCGUUUUGGUUUUAUCUAUAUUUCUUUCUUCAUGCUUACUGAGAUUUUUAAAUUGUGUGUGAAUUCAAAUGUGCAAAAACAAAACAAAAAAAAUGGCAUUUUGCAACAAACUCUGUGUGCUUCCAGGGAGAGGAAUAUGAAAGAAAACCUGCAGGGAAGAAUUAGUCUUUUCUUUUAAUAGUCUGGCAAAAAAGUGUGAGUUAGAGAUUCGCUUUAAAUUUAGGCUUUUGUUUUUCUUUGCUUUCAUAUGUGUGUGUAGGAAAGAGAGGGAGUGCAUAUAGAUGUGAUUUUUAGAACUUAUGUUCUAUUCAUAAUUGAUCCACGUUCUCAGUGUGGAUAAAGAAUGCAAUCGUAACAUAAUCACACAUCUUCAAGAAUCUGACAGCUGUGCUUAUUUGAACUUCCACCACUUUACAAAGGACAUGGUUAACUAAUUGCAAGCUCAAGCUGAUCUUUUUCACACACACACAGAGAAAAUUAUUGUGCAGUAGGUUUGAAUAUUCCACAAAUAUGUAAUGUCUUAAUUAGUAAGAUGCUUGGGGGAGGCAGGGGAAUGAUGAAUGUGUCAUCUUCACCGAUGAGCUGGAAACAGACCUGUCCAGUGGAAUUUAGUGGAAUCUGCUUAGUGUAUUAGGAACUUGCCAGUGUGGCCUGUUUGUUUGGUUUUUUUUUGGUUUUGUUUUUUUUUUUAAUUAACUAUUGAUUGCAGGAGGUGAACUGUUUAAUUUAAUUUCUGUUCAGGCUCAUUGACCCAUGGCAAGUUUGAGUUUUGAAGAGGGUCUGAGUCGACAAAAGAAUGUUGAAAAACUUUAACUGAGGCUAAUGGUGCCUUUUUACCUGAGAGCAAAAAGCUGAAAAGCACAUAUUGAAGGAAGACACAGUCAAUUUCGGAAAUAAAUGUAUGCCUACCAUGUUUAUCAUUUCAGGCAGGUAAGCCUGUCUCUUUUGCUAAUUUUCACUGAACAGGGCCAUUCUUGUCUUCUGGAAAGCAAGAUAUUUAUAAUGUAAAUAGUUUUAUUGAUUUUUUUUCCCUUCCUCUGUAACUAACCUGUAAUAAUCCAACACACUAUUUCUGUUAAAUCUUUUACAAUAAGGCCGUUGUAUGCCUAAAUAUGGUUGACCUCUGACCUUUUGCUAUGUCAGUCACAUGCUGAAAAGGAGGGUGCUGGAGGUUUCAGUGUACAUAUAGAAUCAUGUAUAUUUAGUAAAUUGAGUAAGUGGGACUUAUGGCCAGUAUACAUUAAGCCACAACAGUAACAAAGCUCCAGAUCUUAACUAGCAAAAACAACUGUUCACCUUGCCAUGUCCAUCCUGUAAUAAGAUCUAAGUUGCACCUGCCUGUAGUUCUGCAUGAUCAGACUUCAAAGUAUAACUAACAAGAUCUGUAAUGUAUCAGUGUUGAUAAACGUAGAUGUAAAAAAAAAAAAAAAAGAAAAAAGAAAAAACUUGACCAACAAAAGAAAAUCAACAACAGCAACAGUUCAAUAUCAAGACUGGAAGAUGAGACAUGUCCGAUUUUGUUGCGCAGUUAUAGCUGAAGAGAACCACCAUGGUAUCAGUCAGCAUAAACGGACUGCAGUAAUGACAUUUGUUACGGAACCAACCUUAUUCCCAUAUUGUUUUGUUCCUACCCUGUUUUCCUUUGACCAGCUGUUGUUCCCUGUGUGUAGUACAGGGGAGAACAGGGCCUCAGCCAUCAGUGUUUUAUGAGUCAAUGUCGCAUCAAUGAUUUUUUAUUUCUGUUCGUUUAGCAAUUACUGAAUUAAGAUGGGAAUCUUGUGUUCUCCCAUGUGUCAAAAGGAAUCCUGUCAGAGCUUCCUCAUGAGGAUACUCUUCUCACUGCUGUCUUGACUCCUGUCAGCUGAAUGACUUUGCAGUGUUCCCAGUAAACAGCACGACACAGCGAACCAUACUGACCGAGGGCUUCAUUACACGUGUGCUGUGUAUCUGUCCUUUCACGGGGCCUCAAAGUCAUGCAGGGACAGGACUCAACUGAAAUAUGGUAUGUACUCUAUGCAUGACGCCUAUAUUACACCUUUAUGACCUUAUAGUGGUAAAAAUGCUGAUCUUUACAGACGUGGAUUUGGACCAUCUCUUUUUUUUGAGGAAAGUUGUAGUGAACCUCGGUCCUUAUCCCACAAACCACUCGCUCCUAUCCAGAGCAGCUAAGUGGACGUUCAAGCGGUGCGAGGACCUUCUGGGGGGCCGUGCACAGGGGUGAAUUUCAUGCUGUUUGAAUGUGAUCUUGCCAAAAAGCCUGUAUGACUAGCAGGGGAGACUGUGACUGUUCUAUAAGGAGUGUUUGUGUUGUUCACUUUAAAACAAGCUUUGCUAAUUAAAAUAGUGUGUUCUGGAGUCCUA